AUGCCUCAGGAGGACGAGCGGACGCGCGGGAUGGACGCCCCGGGCCCGGAAGGACGCCGCGGAGCGGGGGCGCCGAAGCCGGCGAGCGCGGACGACGAGGAGGAGGACGGGGGGGAGUUCAAGGAGCUGGCGGGGCUGAAGGAGGCGCUGGCCAACCUGCGGGGGCUGUCGGAGGAGGAGAAGGGCGAGAAGGCGCUGCUCCUGUCGCGCCUGCAGGAGCAGUCGCAGCUCAUCUGCAUCCUGAAGCGCCGGGCGGACGAGGCGCUGGAGCGCUGCGAGGUGCUGGAGCUGCUGAACGCGGAGCUGGAGGAGCGGCGCGCGCGCGCGGCCGAGGCGCUGGCGGCGCAGCGGGAGCGCGCGCGCACGCUGGAGGAGCGCUUCCGCACGCUGGCCGACAACCACGAGCGCAUGAUCCGCUUCAAGGACGAGCACAAGAGCCACAACCUGCGCCUGCGCGAGGAGAACGAGCGGCUCCGGCGGGAGCACGAGCGCCUCUUCUGCCAGGCCCUGCAGGACAAGGAGGCGCAGGUGGCGCAGCUGACGGCCCGCGGCGAGGCGCUGGCCCGGGAGCUGGAGGCGCUGCAGCGGCGCCAGGCGCUCGAGGCCGGCCAGGCGCAGGCCCGGGAGCGGGAGCUGCGGGAGCUGCGGGAGCUGCAGGGCCGCCAGGCCAGCGCCCACGCCGGCGAGGCCGAGCAGCUGCGCGGCCAGCUGCAGGGCCUGCAGCAGCAGCAGCGGCAGGCGGAGGCGCAGCUGGCCCGCGCCCAGGAGGCCCACCGCGGCCAGAGCCUGGAGCUGCAGGCCCGGCUGCAGGCGGCGGCGCGCGAGAAGGAGGAGCUGCUGCAGCUGUCGCUGGAGCGGGGCCGGGCGCUGCAGGCCCGGCAGGCGGAGAUCCGCCAGCUGGAGGAGCGGCUGGAGGGCGCGCUCGCCGCCCGGAGGCAGGCCCAGGAGCGGUUCGAGCAGGAGGCGGCCGCCGUGGACCGCGACGCGCGGGUGCGGGAGCUGCAGCGCCGGGUGGACGGGAUCCAGAAAGCCUACGACGAGCUCCGGCUGCAGUCGGAGGCCUUCCGAAAGCACAGCCUGGACCUGCUGAGCAAGGAGCGGGAGCUCAACGCCAAGCUGCGCCACCUCUUCCCCUAGGGAGGCGCCCCCCCCCCCGUCCCCCCCUUAGCUCCAGUGAUGCAUCCCACCGAGGGCAAGGAUGCUGCAUCCCACCGAGGGCAAAGAUCUACUCUGCGGCUUCAAUUUUUCAAGUACAAAAAACAAACAAACAAAAAAAACCCCAAGCAUCUCAGUGGAAAGCUGCUCCGAUGUUGUUGCGACGGUGCUAAAGCAAACACCGAAUUCCAGUUAUGCAACCUUGAAUACACAAGAUUUUACCAGCGACCCCUCUGUGCCUUUGACGUCUUGCUAAAUUGUGCUCUGUGUAUCUCCCACCCCUCAUCACGUCCUCAUUAGCAAUCUCAGAUGGGGCCAUACAUCCUGAGGGUCUUUUUUUUUUUUUUUUAAGUUGAAUCAGGAUUGAGAUGUAUCAUGAUGGAAAACAAGUAGGUAGAACACUUGACCCAUUUAGAUAGAUGGUUCCUAGGCCCUGUAGUGAAAGAUAAUAAGCCAACAGAUGUUAGAAGAAGAGAGUAGGAAUGUUGUGCAGGGAACGGGUCGGAUUUUAUUUUGCAUUAGCUUGGCAACAGUUUAGAUCAUUAUUUACCAAAGCUAACUUUUACGUUCGUUCCAUAGUUAGUGGUGUGAUUUAAAUUAGUUACAUCAACCAAGUUUUAAGUUUUCCUAAAAGCGGAGAUCACAUUCCGUUCUCUAAGUUUCUAAGGAUUUAGAAAAACUAUCUCAAAUAUUGCACAAUAUGCCAAUAGACAAAAGGCCUCAAGUCAGUGUAAAAGGUCAUAGCAGAUGAUGACUUACAUACUAACAAGGAUUGU